AUGACAAUGCGUACCAAUUCGGUUUCAAUCGAGCAAGACAAUAAAUUGAAAGAAGCAUUUGCUCUAUUCGAUCGUGUCGGUGGAGGUGUUAUCCGCACGAAAGAUCUCGAGCAUGUCAUGCAAUGUAUUGGUUAUCGGACGACGCCUGGUGAAUUAGAGCAGAUGAUACAAGAAGCCGAUAUUGAUGGUGAUGGCCUUGUGAAUUUCAAUGAAUUCAAGCUAAUGAUGAAUCACAAAGGUGAAAAUCGGCUGAACAUAUUUAACGAUGAACUUCUCAACGAAGCAUUUCGAAUCUUUGACAAAGAAGGCAAUGGAUUCAUCACCGAAAAAGGACUCCGCGCUGUAAUGAAUAAUCUUGGUGAACAGUUAACUGAUGAUGAACUUCACGAUAUGAUUCGAGAAGCGGAUCUCGACGGAAACCAUCGAAUUGAUUAUGCGGAGUUUUCUGCGUUAGUUCGUCGUCUUCUUCAAGUAGAAAAUCUUUCGUCAAACUUAACAGCAGUCACCGGUGCAGGUGCAUAUGAAGGUCGAGGUAUAAUUCCAUAUAUUGAUGAUGAUCCCGAAGAAGAUGCAACGAUGAACAAGAAUAUCAAGUGA